UGUCGAACUCCUACCAACGAUUGUCACAACAGAUUUCUAGUUACUAGACCAGCGCUCACUGGCAGCCUUGCUUGAAGGUUGAAGAUUGUCGACAGGCUAUCGUUCGAGCGAUAGCAACUUUCGCAUGUAAGGUCACGACUGCGCAUCUCUGGAUAGACCAACUUCAACGUCAUUUACACCAUAAUGUCUACACGGCGAGAAGGAUACUUUCCGGCUGUCUCUAUUGGACGCGUCCAAGGCGCAUCCAUUGCCAGGACUGUCUCUCGUGACAACCUUGCCACCCACCCGCUUCUCUCUUCGGGUCCAUCUUCAGUUUCCCCCAGUCCGACACCAGACACCCAAUCUUCCUCAGCAACAAAAUACGUUCCAUACACGCCCAGACAGAGAUUACCUACUACAAGUACGAGUGCCCAACCGCCAGUUUCAGUCUCUCCGCAGCACCAACCCACGGGCGGUGCGACUAGCAAGCUUCAGUUGAUGAAUCUCAAAGCAGCGGCACAGGGCAUUGGGCUCGACACUGCAUGUCUGGGAUGGGCGAUUUUGGAGAAGCUGAGCCAGGACGGCGAAACCGAGGAGUGGGCUGAAAUAUGGGGUGCCAUUACCAAGGGAAAGGCGUCCCUACUGCUUCCACUUGAGCAAUCCUCUGGCCAGGAGAAAAUCACACCCGACUUUGUAUCGGAUCAUGUGGUCAUGUGCGAUCUUUUAUCCCGUGAAGAUACUCCAGUGGUUACACUGUCUGGUCUGCGUGGGCAUCUAUCUAGUGAAAAUUUAACCUUCCGUUCCUCACUCCCGCCAACCAAGUUCCCCGACAUCACUCUCUCAUCCCUUGCCCCACUCCCUUCAAUCCCACCAGACGCCGGAUACCCCUCAUAUGCAGUCCCAGCACACAGCACCUCCCUGCCAAUCCAAGUCCGUCCACAAAAACCACCCUUACCUCCACGCCCCACACACGCUGCCCAAUCUUCCCGCCUCGCCAUGCCUUUUGCUUCUCUAUUCGGCGGGAAAGCCACAACAACACCGCCGACAAUCACUGCUUCUCUCCCACCCAUUCAGACGUCGUUACCUCCCGUAGAAGAUCAUCCCACACUCAUCAGCGCAUUCAGUAUUUCACGUGCGGUACAUCGACACGAUGUAAUGCGUGAAGUUCUUGCUGCACUAAAAUCUGAACUCACGUCAACGCUUGAAACGGCCGGUGUUCCUGCGAUGGUGAUCGAGCGUGUGCAAUCCUUCGCGUCUCCAUUACUUCCGUUCGUCAGAGGUCCAGCUGGGAAGAAGAAACUUCAUGAUAUCGGUGCAAGUCCGAGUAAACAUGGGACGUGGGCCGUCAAUCUUGAUGCAGGGAAGGAUUGCCCUGAAGAAUUGUCCGAGAAAUUCCAGGAUUUCUAUGUGGAAUUGGAGAGAGAAGUACGAGUUGAAAUGGAGAAAGAGAAGGGCGCGUCGGAAGCAGAACAAGAGUCUAGGGUCAAGGAAGUUGUUGAGGUGGUGGAGGGGACAUUAUCUACCUUGUUUUACGAUCGAUUGUUCCUCCCAUCUCACUCUGAUGAUGCCUCGCAUGACGAAGCACUGUCAAGCCAUAUCGCAGCUCUCAACCUUCUUGAUCUCGGGCUCGAGCAUCUUGAUGUCGAUGUAGGCAGUGCUGGCUCCGAGAUCGAUGUCGUGGUCCGAGCAUGUGGAGAGACGUUAUCUCAGCUUGACGUUGCAUGCAGAUCUCCCGGAGACAAGGCCGCUGUGCUUGUCGCAGUCCACAAGCUCGUAGUAGAUGGUCUUUCCCGCCUUCCUCCAAUAAAACUCAAGAACGGCGAUGAACCGCCGCCAGCGCCGAUCGAAGCAGUAGACGUUCCCCUCAUGGCGUCUCCCGAUGAGCUAUCCUCACCCAUGCCUAUACUGAUGACCCCUGAUGCACGACCCGAUGGGGAUGCCACUCACGAUUCACCUGAGGAGUUACCUAUCUCGCUUGAUGCCUCCCACAUCCACAUCCCACCCCGCGCCCCCUCGCCCAGACUGACCAUCUCUCCGCCUGUCCAGCAACCAACGACAGUAUCUGGCGAUGUCCUCCUUCCACUGCUCAUCUUCGCAGUUGUCAAGUCAAACCCCGCACGCCUGGUCUCGCACCUCCUUUUCACGCAGCGUUACCGCAAUGCUGCAUUCGCGGGCGGAGAAGAGAGAUAUUGUUUGAUCAAUUUGAUGGCUGUUGUUGAGUUCUUGGAAAAUGUAGAUCUUAAGGCUGUGGGCGUUGGGGGUGUUGGUGUUGUUAGUACCGCAGACCUCACCCCAAUCCCAAUCGUGCGCACCACACUUCCACCAGACGCACCUGCAGACGCGUCCGGCAGCCUCCGCGGGCGCGUAGAACAAGGCGUCGACGCCAUCGCAGGAUCUGCUAACAAAGUCAUCUCCGGCGUCGUCGACAGCUCAUUCGGCGUCCUCCGCUCCUUCCUACCAUCUGCCCCAACCCAAACCUCACAUUCAACGUCUGGGCCAGACACAGGUGAUGCGCGGUGGAAUCUUCCGACCGGGUUACUGAGGCGAGAGAGCGGGUUUUCGAUUGCGAGUUUGGUGCCGGGGAGGGAGAAGAAGGGGGAGGGGAAGGAGGAAGGGCAGAGGGAGCUUGUGGAAGUAUCUUCUCGGCCGGGAUCUAUACGCUCCAUUUAUGUGAAUGAUGAAGCGGAGGUGGACGGCACCGAGGAGGAGAGCGAAGAAGAGGCGGAUGAGGAGGAAGGGGAUGAGGAAGAGGAAGAUGAGAGUGAGGAAGAGGAACCUGCGCAUGAUGCGAGGAGCAUUCGGAGUUUUGAGAGCAUGAUGAGUGGGAAUAGCGGGAAGGCGCGGAAGAAGAAGAGGAAGUUUGCUGCGAUGGGGAGGAAGAGCUUGACGGAUCGGCUGGCGCAGGUGCCAGGGCUGUCGAGGCUCUCAGGAACGGAUGCACACAAGUCCCCUAUCACACGCUCCUCACUCCUAGCUCCGUCACACCCCACUCGCUUCGACUCACCAGCCUCAUCACGCGCGCCAUCUCCCAUCUCGAUGCGGCUCCCUGCGCCAAACAAGCGGUUUACGGAGUGCACGGAGGAUGAUUUGAAGGUUUCGGAGGUGGGGGAGCUGUUGAGGGAGUAUAAGCGAUUGGUGGAGGGUGUGCGGGCUAUGGGUGGGUUUGAUGAGUAAUUUGGGGGUAACGGGGAUUGGUUGGUUGGUUAGGAUAUCGACUGGGCUGCUUAGACUGGUUUGUUUCGAGGCUAGAUUUUACGCAAGAUGCCCUUCUUACUCGAGCCGAAUAUUACCGUAAUCCAAAGGACAGGUCACAAUUGUACCCUACACUUCAGUCUCUUUACUUUAGUUGAAAACUGGAAAUACUUUCCACCAUC